GCCGCCUCCUGGGUUCCCACCCCUCCUGGCCCUGCGGCCCGGCUUGCCCUUUAAAAGAGCGGGGCCUGCGCCAACCGUACCACACCGCGGGGACCUGGACACACAGCUGCUUUCCCGGAGCAUCUUUAUCUCGCCUUCUGCCCGCAUCUCACUCACCGGUCCAGCCGCCAUCCUCUUCUCCGUGCAGAUUCGGCCGAGCGGAGCCAUGCAGCCGGCGGUGUUUCUCGGCCUCCUGGGAGCCGCGGUGGUGGCCGCAGUCAGUUCUGUGCCAGUGGAUAACAGGAACCACAAUGAAGAAAUGGUGACUCGCUGCAUCAUCGAGGUCCUCUCAAAUGCCUUGUCGAAGUCCAGCACUCCACCCAUCACCCCAGAGUGUCGCCAAGUCCUGAAAAAGAGUAGAAAAGAUGUCAAAGAUGAAGAGAAAAGUGAAAAUGAAAACACACAGUUUGAAGUAAGAUUGUUAAGAGACCAAGCUGAUGCCUCAGAAGCCCACAGGCCUUCUGGUAGGGAGGAAGUCCCAGGAGAGGAGGACACCCAAGGUCCGACAGUGGCAGACACAGAGGGAGGGGGGCACAGCCGAGGAGCAAGCGAACCCCAAGGAGACCUCUACUCCUCUGACAGCCAAGUCUCCAAAGAAGCAAAGACACGCCAUUUUGAGAAAACCGAGGAAGAGGACAGGAAGGAAGAGGAGGGGGAGAAAUAUCAGAAAAGGGAGCAUGGGAGAGACGGCAGUGAAGAGAAAAACCUGGAAGAGCUAGAAGAGACACAAAAUGCCUUUCUCAACAAAAGAAACCAGGCUACAGCUAAGAAAAAAGAGGAGUUUAAGGCCAGAUAUGGUCUACACUCUGCUGGGCCCCCUGAGGAGAAGACACACAGCCGGGAGAGGAGCAGCCAGGAGAGUGGAGAGGAUAUAAGAAGCCAGGAGAAACACCCUCAAGAGUCUAAAAGCCAAGUUGGGAGUCAGGAAGAAUCUGAGGAAAGUGAGGAAGAUGCUGACCCUGAGGUGGACAAACGACGUUGGAAGCCAAGACACCACCAUGGGAGGACCAGGCCUGACAGGUCCUCUCAAGAAGGGAAACCUCCCUCCGAGGAAAGGGGACACCUCCGUGAGGAAUCUGAGGAGUCAAACAUGGGCAUGGUCGGAUUGGGGGACAAGAGGGACCACCAUCUAGCCCACUAUAGGGCUUCAGAGGAAGAACCCGAAUAUGGGGAAGAAAUGAGGAGUUACCAGGCUGUCCAGGCUCCCAAGGACCUGGAGCAGGGACGAUAUGGGGGCAGAGGAAGUGAGGAGUACAGGGCUCCAAGACCUCCCAGUGAGGAGAGCUGGGAGGAGGACAAGAGAAAUCGCCCCAGCUCAGAGCUUGACAACACAGCACAGGGAUAUAAUGAAGAAAGUGAGGAAGAGAGGGGCCAUGAGGGGGGAUACCACCACAGAGCCAGGGGAGGGAAACUAGGUGCAUAUGCCAUUCUAGACAACAAAGAAGAAAAACAGUUCUUGGGUGAAGGACACCACCGUGUCCAAGAAAGCCAGAUGGACAAGGCAAGGAGGCACUCACAAGGUGAGUGGAAAGAGGAGGACAGAAAUUACCUCAACUAUGGCAAGGAAAGGGGUGAGGAAGAAGCCCAAGGGAAGUGGCAGCAGCAGGAGGACCUGGAAGAUGCUACGGAGAGCAGGGAGGAAGCUAGGCUUCAAGGCAAACAGUAUGCUCCCCAUUACACCACUGACAAGAGGAAGAGAUUAGGGGAGCUGCUCAACCCAUACUAUGACCCUUCCCAGUGGAAGAGCAGCCAUUUUGAGAGAAAAGACAACAUGGAUGACAAUUUUCUUGAGGGUGAAGAGGAAAAUGGGCUGACCUUGAAUGGGAAGAAUUUCUUCCCAGAAUAUAACUAUGACUUGUGGGAGAAAAAGCCCCUCGAAGAGGAUGUGAACUGGGGAUAUGAGAAGAGAAAUCUCUCCCCCAAACUGGAUCUGAAAAGGCAGUAUGACCGAGUGGCUGAACUAGACCAGCUCCUUCACUACAGGAAGAAGUCAGCCGAAUUUCCAGACUUCUAUGACUCUGAGGAGCAGAUGAGCCCACGCCAUGCAGCAGAGAAUGAAAAGGACAGGGCUGGCCAGGGAGUUCUGACAGAGGAAGAGGAAAAGGAACUUGAGAACCUAGCUGCGAUGGAUCUGGAACUACAGAAAAUAGCUGAGAAGUUCAGUGGUAACCAAAGGGGCUGAUGGCCGUUGGAGCAAAGGGCAGUUUUAAGGAGCAGCCCUCACAUUAUCUAUUUUCCACCGCUUCACUGAAAGACACCAUUUAGUUACCCAAAGCAGAAAGUAGAAGUUACUGUUCAUUCAGUGUUUGACACAAUUGGAAAUGCUUUAAUUUUUGCCAGAAUGCUAUUGAAAAUACGAAUAGCAUGACUUGUAGCAUAUCCUUUCUCGCAAAAUAGACAUAUUAACAUGCUUGUGACAAUGACUGUGCUGUCAUCCUUGAAAAAAAAAAUACAUUUGUCUUAGUUUGAAAUAAUAAAAGAUUCACCUGA